AUGCCACCGAUCGCGCACGAGGGCGCGAUAAAGCUUUGGAACGGCGGGGAUCGAGAACAGUGGCGAGCGCACGCGGCGGCGUACGACGAGCGCUUGCGAGCGUUGAAUCUAGGCGAGCGGUUAUCCAAGUUGGAUGCGUUCGUGCGCAAAGAACUUCCGAAAACCAUCGCGCAAAGACGCGCGACGAGCGCGACGAGCGAUGAUUGGGGAUACAUAAAAAAGGAUGAGUACGUGCGCGUGGUGGAGUGGAAGCUGGCGCGAGGGAAAACGAGACCUGGGUUGAUGAAGUACGCGCAAGCGUUGUCGGAACGCGACGUGGAGAGCGCGAGUCGAGAGGCGUAUCGACUCGCACACGCGAGCGAAGGGGGCAAAAGAAAUAGUAAGGGUAAAAUCGUCGAUGCUAUGGCACCAUUCAUCGCGCUGAAAGGAUGCGGACCAGCCACGGCGUCGAUUCUCAUGGCGGUCGGCGACGAGCGGUUUCCAUUCUUUAGCGACGAGGCGCUUGCCGUCGUCGUCGGAAACGGGGGAAAUGAUAGAUACUCCGCAGCGCGGUAUCACGAGUUUAUGAAAGCUCUGCACCGUAAAUGCGACGAUCUCGGCGCAGAUGACCUCACACCAGCCAAGCUCGAGAGCGCACUGUGGAGUGCCGCGGCGCUGACGAUGCCGAAGAAGAUGGCGAAAACGAAACAAUAA